CUCUCCGCAUCCACUCUGGACCAAAAGGUCUUUCAUAACAUGGGCUUUUCCGAGGCAGCGUGAAGUGUAGAUGGAAUCGAUGGUGGAUGGAGAGUUUUCCUGGUGCCAGAAUCCGUUUGAGUGCCAGAGACCCGGGUUUAGUCCUUAAGGAUGUGUCAGGUGCUAUGGAAAUGCAGGUUUCUCUGUGUGAUGGAGUAGGCAUUAUAGUUUAGUUGCUAGUUUAUUGUCACGUGUGCAGAGGUACAGUGGAGAGCUUUGAUAUUAACGAGGGGCUGUUUGAUUGCCAGCAGGUGUGGAACAGCAUGGCCAAACCAUUCGACGAGGGAACACCGUCUGAUCCGCGCGCCCAGGAACGCAUCGGUUCCAGCCUCGCCAACUGCAGUACCAGCGGCCGCGGGCAAUACCUGCCCCGUGCCCACCUGCCCAGGUGCCAGGGAGACUACAGCGACCAUUCGCCGACAGCUCCGAGCUUCAGGGGGCAUCUGACGUGCGGCAUGAACGCCACGGCCAACAGUUCACUGCCUGGCGAGUCACAGAGGAUUCAGUCGGACAUUGACAUGACCGCUGUCUCUCGUGAGGGAAACAGCUUCCACAUCGACACGGGCAAUGACGAUGCCCUCAUCCGACAGGUCGGCAUCCAACUGCGCCUCAUGGGUGACCAGUUACACACCUCCCGCCUGGAAUGGGUGAGUCUACCACCAUCUCCAGAAGUCUCCCUUCAGACAGGGGCGGGACACAUUGGCACAGUGGGUAAAGCCACUGCCACACACACCGAUAGAGACCCAGGUUCACAUCUGGCCUCGUGUGUGUUUGCCCGUCCUCCCUGUGACCGCAUGGAUUUCCUUCGGGUGCUCCGGUUUCAUGAGGUCAUAAGUGAUAGGUGUAGAAUUAGGCCAUUCGGCCCAUCAAGUCUACUCUGCCAUUCAACCAUGGCUGAUCUAUCUCUCCCUCCUAACCCCGUUCUCCUGCCUUCUCCCCAUAACCUCUGACAUUUGUACUAAUUAAGAAUCUAUCUAUCUCUGCCUUAAAAAUAUCCACUGAGAUUUCCUCCCUCAUCCCAAACAUGUGCGGGUUUGUAGGUUAUUUAGCCGCCCCUAGAGUGUAACGAGUGGAUGAGAUAGUCUUCGGGUUGGGGCCCUUCAGGCUUGUAGUCUUACUCAUCCUGUAGAAUUAUUCCUGGAUUGCUAGUUCAGGGACACCACUCUAGGGUGAGUAUCCUUAAGUCAUUAGUCCUUAAGUAGGAUAGACACAAAGUGCUGGAGUAACCCAGCGGGUCAGGCAGCAUCUCUGGAGAAAGAGGCUAGGUGACGUUGCAGGGUCGGGAAGAAGGGUCCCCACCCAAACUAUCACCCAUCAUUGUUCUCCAGAAUUGCUGCCCUACCCAUUGACUUUGUGUCUCGAGAGAGACAGAGAGACUUGUCAGAGUCUGAAGAAGGGUUUUGGCCCGAAACGUUGCCUAUUUCCUUUGCUCCAUAGAUGCUGCUGCACCCGCUGAGUUUCUCCAGCACUUUUGCCAACCUUCGAUUUUCCAGCAUCUGCAGUUCCUUCUUAAAGACUGUGUCUAUCUUUGGUACAAACCAGCAUCUUGCAGUUCUUUAUUUCUGCACCUGGUCCUAAAGUUGUAGGUGAUAAGAGGAGGAGAUGAUAGAGAUGAUGGAUGAAGGUUGAGGUGUGGAUGCAUCUCAACAAAGCUCUUGACGUGGUGUUGUGUUGAAAAUUCUAGAUAGUCCGGCAUUCCUCAAGACACUGAGGGCAUUUCAGGUAAAGUCCAAGCAGACCCUGGCCAGAGGCCAUGUAUGCUGGCCACCUGCCUAGUGAUGAGUGACCACAAGACAUAAACAGAUCCAUCCAUCCUUACCCAAAACAGAGACUAAUCUCUACGUUUCUGUUCAACAAAAAAAAACAAGUUGGGACUAUUUUAAGCUUUGGUUUCAGAUCGAAGAAAAUAGUUGGGUUGCGAUGUUUUCUUAACAUUUAUAAACUAACACAGAGGCCUGGCUAAGUCAGUACUGUGUGUUCUCGCUCCCACAAGUGUCUCGGUCUCCACAACAGCUCCGACACAGCCCGCCAGAACCACUUGUAACUGCCUGACCUCAAGGAGUCCCAGCCCACAAGUCAACUGGGAGGGUGGCAUCUGGGAAAUAUUCCAAAUGCUUCCUCGGUCAAAUGGGAAUCUGUCCCAGGGAUAGACACAAAGUGCUGGACUAAAGCAGCAGUGCAGGCAGCAUCUCUGGAUGGACAUGGUUAGCACGUGCAGGUUGGGCCGAAGGGCCUGUUUCCGUGCUGUGUGACUUCAUUCUCCACCCCUUGAGCACAUGUACAAUUGAGCCAGCUCGGUGGCGCAGCGGUAGAGUUGCUGCCUCACAGCACCAGAGACCCGGGUGACUACAGGUGCUGUCUGUACGGAGUUUGUACGUUCUCCUCAUGAGUUUUUUCUCUGGGUGCUCUGGUUUCCUCCCACGCUCCAAAGACAUGUGGGUUUUUAAGUAAAUUGUCCCUAGUGUGUAGGAGAGAACUAGUCUACGGGUGAUCAAUAAUCAGCACGGACUCAGUGGGCCGAAUGGCCUGUUUCCACGCUGUAUCUCUAAACUAAACCAAUCUUGUCAUAGAGUGAUACAGCAUGGAAACAGGCCCUUCGAUUCAACUUGCCAACUUGUGCCAUCUACACUAGUCCCACCUGCCCGCGUUUGGCCCAUAUCCCCCCAAACCUGUCCUAAAUGUUUCGUAAAUGUUGGGAUAGCCCGCCCCAUAUUCAACGACCUCCUCUGGCAGCUCGUUCCAUACACCCACUGCCCUUUGUGUGAAGUGGUACCUUGUGUCCAGUGGCAUAUUGUCCUUGGAGUGUUGAUGUAACAAAGGGGUUCACACACGUUAAACCACGUCCCCGCAUUUAGACCGGGCCCCUGCGAUCUCGCCACGACACGGUUUGUGAAAGCAGAAUUGAUUGUACAAGAGAGACUUCUCUGGAUCAAUAUUUUCCCUCUCAGUUUGUGAGCACAUGCCGUGCCGAGCUUCACUGUCAAACUUGCUUGCACAGACUAGAGGCAUUGCUAUCUUAUUUAUCGCCUUCCUAGUUUCCUGUUCUGGGGCUCCAAGUCAUAGAUAACCAACGACUUUACCUCUGGCCUAGCUAGAUAGCGAGGCUUGUGAAAGGGUAAAAGCUACGGACAUCCACGUCUCAGUCAACAUGAUUACGUUUAACUGUUUAGUUAAAAGAUACAGCGCGGAAACAGGCCCUUCGGCCCACCGAGUCCACACCGACCAGCGAUCCCCGCACACUAACACUAUCCUACACACAUUAGGGAAAGUUUACCUUUAUACCAAGCCAAUUAACCUACAAACCAUAUAACAAUUACAGCACGGAAACAGGCCAUCUCGGCCCUUCUAGUCCGUGCCGAACACUUAUUUUCCCCUAGUCCCAUCUACCUGCAGUCAGACCAUAACCUUCCAUUCCUUUCCCAUCCAUAUACCUAUCCAAUUUAUUUUUAAAUGAUAAAAUCGAACCUGCCUCCACCACUUCCACUGGAAGCUCAUUCCACACAGCUACCACUCUCUGAGUAAAGAAGUUCCCCCUCAUGUUACCCCUAAACUUCUGUCCAUUGAUUCUCAAGUCAUGUCCUCUUGUUUGAAUCUUCCCUACUCUCAAAGG